CGUACCGGUUGCUAAAUAUUUAGCCUCCGUGCCCCCAAGUCCACCCCAGCUUUUGCCCCAGAGUUUCCUGAAAAUCUUGCCCGGCUCUGCGGCGUUUACCUUUCAUCUCUCCGCGCAGUCCAUAUAAAGUCUGCCUCGCUACAAACACCCCUUCAGCACACCACCAGUCUCCCCAAAAUCCUCUCCGCGGCUCCUUCAGUCCUAAAGACAUCCACCAUUUCCACUACUUCGGACCAGUCCACCAUAUCCACGACCACCAAGAUGCCUCUUCACCAGUCUGCCGCCAACCCGCGCCAGCGCCUCUCCAUCCUCACCAACUCCACCCUCGGCCACGACGUCAGCGCCGCCUUCAAAGCCUCCAGCACCAUCUCCUCUCGCUCAAGUCAAGAGUUCGGCGAGACCCCCGCGCCACCACCAUCUCCCGUCGACUUCUCCUUCCCGUCGACGCCCGCCGAGCAGAGAAGUCCUGAUGGAAGCGAAUCCAACUAAGUCAAUCAUCUAGUCUCCGCCAGCAGAC